AUGGACUCCCUCGCGUCUUCCUCCGCCUCCAUCGGCGGCCGGUCGACCGCGUCGGGUCUCCUGUCGUGCGUCCUCCGCCGUCUCCUCAGCCCACUGUUUUCUCCGCCUCUUCCUGCCUCUUCUGUCGCUCCGUCUUCCCUCUCGUCUCCAGCUUUUUCCCCUUCUCGCUCGCGCUCCGCUUCGCCACUGCGCCCAGACGAAGAAGCGCCGUCCGCCUCCGCCUCUCCCUCAGACUCUGCCUCCGCCGUUGCUCCUUUCUUGACAGAAGACAGAAGGAACAAGAUCCUCGAGGAACUGUCUCGCCGGUGCAAGGAACCGCCCCUCCUGACCGUGCAGGAAAGCUGCGCGGAAGAGGCGAGUUGCGUCCGCGUCUUCUGGUCGGCUUUCCUCACCGCGAAGGACGGCGGGACACCGGGAGACACCGAGGACCAAGAAAACCUCUCUGCGACGCACCGAGAUGCCCCGUUUUCUGUCCAGCUGCUACUCUCCGUGUUCGACAGUCAACUGCGUGAAAUUCAGGCGAGACUCGCAGAGCACAGCGGCGAGGAGCGAAGGGAGGAGAUGCUGCCUCGCCCAGCUGCGUCUCCGGGAUGCGAGGCUGCGGGUUGUCCCUCUCUCGAGGAGAGUCUCGACCAAGGCCCAGCGAACGGAGACGGCCCUGGCGAAGACGAGUUGGUCCGCGACGAAGCGGCUCUGCUCCUCCUCAGACGCAGAUGUCUCCAGUGGAUGGGGAUGUGGCGCGUCGCGACGCAUGCCUUUUCUCCCUCCGGUCGGAGACAGCUCAGAGUCUUUGUUGAUCGAGAGAGACGAAAGCGCGACGAUCCCCCCGCGGGACGCUCCCUUCUCUCCGGCCGCAACAGAGAAACGGGAUCCUCUCCGCGAGCUCCAUCGGCUGCGCGUUCUGCGGCAGAGCCUCAGCGAGAAGAGAAGCCGGAGGAUCCCGUCGCCGCUGCGGUGCCGCAGGGACGAGCGAGUCGUCAGCCGAGUCCGGAGAAGAGACGGAAUGGCGACGCUGCUGGCGGGAGUGAGAGAGAGGAGACCAGCGAAGGGCGGCCGUCGCGGCGGGCGCAGAGAGCUUCGCGGGGAAAAGCAAAAACGUUCUACGUCGUUCAGACCGGCGGCGGCGCAGGCGUUCUUCGCCAGUCGACUUUGACGCUCCACAACUUCGUGAAGGUCCAGCAAGUGGGACAGGGCGCGUACGGCGAUGUGUGGAUGGCGGAGGACGUGAAGAAUCGUCGGCGGGUUGCGAUGAAAAAAAUGAAGAUCAUGGCCCCGCCGCCCGGCGGCGCAGUCCCCGCCAACCCCAAUCCUCUGCCGGCCGCGGGCCUCGCCGCUCGCGACGGAAAUGCGAAGAAGCAAGAGAGAGACGAGAAGCCGAGGGGCGAGAAGAACGCGCAGGGAGGCGUCGCGGCUGUCGCCGCCGCCUGCCAGCAGAUGAACAACGCUGGCGAAGAACGCGAAGGCUUCCCGCGCACAGCCAUUCGCGAAAUUUGUCUCCUCAACGAGCUCGCGAACUGCAAACACACCGUUGAGUUACUCGCCGUCGUCCAUUCCAAACCUCGCCUGAAGGACCGACACCACAGAGGUUCAGUUUGGAUGGUGUUUGAGUAUCUGCCGUUCGACCUCCUCGGGUUCCUGGACGCGAUUCGCGACUCCAAGGAGAGAAGAGAAAAGUACACGCGACCGCAAACGUGGCUGUCCAUCGGAGAGAUCAAGGGGAUCCUGCUGCAGCUCUUCACGGCCCUGCACCAUUGCCACCGCAGAAACGUCGUCCACCGAGAUUUAAAAAGUGCAAAUCUUCUGAUGGAUGCAGAUGGGACUGUCAAACUCGCCGACUUUGGUCUAGCUCGUAAAUUCACGAAAUUUGUUGCGCGGCAGCCCGAACUGCUUACGCGCGCCUUGGAGGAAAAGAGUAGAGAAACCCUCCACGUGCUCCCUUUCGCCGUCGAGAAAAACGAGAAGCAUCCGAGUCCUGGGAACGUCACUGCAACCAACCCCAGCGAGUCGUCUUCUCCCUCGUCUCCUCCUUCCGGGUGUUCCGUUUCCGGAUUUCUUCCGGGGGAGGCGCUGGCGGAAAGCGAGAAACCUGUGCUGACCAACCGAGUGAUCACGCUCUGGUACCGUCCACCUGAACUGCUUCUGGGCUCCGAGGCCUACGACGGAAGCGUCGACAUGUGGAGCGCAGGAUGCAUCAUGGCUGAACUGGUUUGCGGGAUGCCUCUGUUCGCCGCCGAUCGAGAGGCGGCGCUGCUCCGACAAAUCGUCGAGAAAAUCGGGCCUCCCUCCGAAAGCGAUCUCGCCAGUCUGAAGGCUCUCUGUCCACAGCAUUUCCGGAAUCAGUCAGGAAGAGGCGAAGCCUUUGCGCGUGACUCCGUGUUCGACGGAAGCGGCGUCGACCGGUCUCUCGAGAUUCAACGGCUCUUCAAAUACCGCAACCAAAUAGGCGACGAAGGCUGGGAUCUGCUCCGCCAGCUGCUUGCGUGGAAUCCUGCUAAGCGAAUCACCGCGAGGGCCGCGCUCCAACAUCGAUGGUUCUCCACGCAUCCUCUUCCAAGACGAGUUGAAAAGCGAGCGAAUCUUCACGCGGCGCACAGCUACGUCUCGAAGCAUGCGCAGCGACGAGGCGGCCGCGAACCGCGUCAGGUGGGAGCGGCGCAUGCAAAGAAAGGACCCGGGAAGGAAGGCUCUGCCGCUGCAGACGACAUUCGAUGCGAGCGGGUGUCUGUGGAGGAAGCUCGCGUCGCCGCCUGGACGCGCAACUUGGAGAGGAAAGCAGCGAGACUCGAAGCCUUACGUCACCUUUACUGCGAACGCCAGAAGCUGGACCAGCGCCGCCGGGAUUCUCUCUCCCCCACUCCGCCUGUGGCGAGUGUUUCGGGAGUAUCGACUCAAGAGACUGCGUCUUCAGGGUCGUCUGCGGAGCCUCCCGGGGCGGCGCGCCUUUCUCUUCCGCUCUCUGCCUCGCUUGCGCAUCCUCCUGGAGCUGCCGAGCAGCCUGCGCUGUCUCACCCGCCUUCGUCUGUCGAAGGCGCGCCGGCGUCGUUCGCCGCGUCUUCAGAUCUCUUCCCGCGGAAAGAGAGAGAGGCGUUUACGCAGAUGCGGCGAGACGAACGCGGCGACAACCCCUGGCACGCAGAGGAGCCAGGCGACGACCGGGAAAAGGAGGGAGAAGAACGACGCGAAGACGAGAAACAGGACUCCGUGCCGCCCUCCUUUGUCUCGCCGCCGCCUGUGUCCACGCACUUCUCACCGGGGAGUUGGAACGAGCACACAGAACAGGAUCGCGUGGACAGAAGGCACUAUGGCCGAGAAGAGAGAGAAGGCCGGCGAGGACGCGACAGCGCGUUCGGCGACUCAGGCGUGCAUGCGCCGAGCCACAAAGGCGGCUUCCGCGGGCGCUGCCUCCGCGAGAUCGGGGACGAGGAGCGCGGCAGAGAGGGCGAGCGACGGGGGGCGAGUGGGGCGAGCGCGCGCAGGUCGCCGCGCGGCUCCGAGGAGCGAGAGAGAGACGUGUACGCCUCGUGGCGAGCUGGAGAGAAGGCGCGAGGCAGAGAGGCGGGGGAGCGAAGCGGAGGGAGGCGAGACGAAGAGCGGAACGAGCGCGGAGUGAGUCCGAGCAGCCGUUUCCACCGCCACAGCCGGCGAGGCCACGACGCGUCCGGUCACGCGUCUUUCUCUUCUGGGCACCUGGGAAAGGACCCGCCGCAGCGCAGCUUGGCGAGCAUCGCCGAGGCCUCGGCGCACGCGUCUCCUGGCGGGUCUGUCAGCGACAUGACGAACAGCGACGAGGAGACAGGCAAGAGGCGAGGGGGCGAGAGUCUCUGCGCGACCUCGCGGGGUCGGAAAGAAGGCGGUCGGGAGGGGAAGUGGUGGUCCCCUCGCGAGAGUCGCGCGCGCGACGACAGAUGGCCGGAGGCGUGGGACAGGAGGAGCCGAGACCGGGGCGCAGAGACAGACUACCCACUGCCUUCAAGCGAUAGCUCGCACUCCAGGAGGAAAUGGGAAGAGAAGUCGCGGCGGUCGUCGCCGUCCUUGUCGGUUUCGCCGGAGCAUCGCGGCGCAGGCGGCGCGGGCUUUGCGUUCCGGCGCGGUCGCGACGAGCCGGACAGCGCCGGCGAGUCUCGUCGAGUGAGAAAGCGCGGCAGGGAGGAGGGAGACGAGCGCGCAGAUCGGGCGCACCGGGGCAAGCGCGGCGUGCACGCGAGAGACGCAGCGGAGACCGACGCGAGAGGAUGUGAGACAGGAAGAGAAGCCGACGAAUUCGGUUCCGGCGCGCAGUUGUCUCCGGGUUCGUUGGCUCUGUUGUUUCCGGCACACGAGGCCCUAGGUUUGGAGGGAGACGGAAGCGAGAAGGCAGCCGACGGCGCGUCGCAUUUGUCAGCAGUCGCGAAGAAACAAGAAGAGAGAAGACGAAAGGCCUUCGACCUCUUCAAGCGCGCGGCCCAAAGCAACGCCCCCUGCUCAUCGGGUGGGCGAGGAGUCCCUGCGCAUGCAGAUGGAGUUUCCGAGAAAGCAGAGAAGCAUGCACACGAGAAGGCCGAGGCCGGUGCGGCAGGGGCGGCGCCUUGGCAGGAGCAAGCUGCGAGGCCGGAGGGGUCGGAAGACGGGAUCUGCGACGCGAGCGGAACCGGUGCGGAGGGGAGGCGCGAAGCGGUCAGGGACGAGGGCGCGAGGACGGGCAAGAAAGAGGGGAAAGGGUCCGAAGACAAAUCGAAGCAACUCGGGUAUCGCCGUGGACGUGAGGACUGGCGAGACAACGGCGGGAAGACGGAGAGAGAGAGGCCGGAACCGCGCGACGGCGAGAAGGCCUUUGGCGGUCGACACAGAGACAGCUUGGAGAGCAACCGGUCUCCCCGUGCUCAGGAAGACCUGAAACGCAUGUCCCUGCCGUCCGUCGAGAGUCAGCUGUCGAGUCCGGACGCGCUCGCAGCGCUGGCUGUCGGCGUGGGUGCUCGCGGCGAGGAAGGCGAUCUGCUCAGCUGCGGAGCCUAUCGAGAGAAAGACGAGAGAGACCGCGGGCUGCACAGCCGAGACGCCCAGAAGGCGCGCGAGAGAGAGCAUGAAGAACUACGAGGGAGACCGCGGGCGUCCCCGGAGUCGCGGCACGCGGGGAGCACGCGGCACCACGAGAGAGACAGUGGUCAACCCGACAGGCGACAAGAGAGAGAAGACGCGAGCUUUCCAGGCAGGUCCACAGCGUUUUCUUCCCACUCUGUCUCACCUUUCUCCCCGCCUCACGAAGACGAGGUCCGGGGAGGACGGGAUGGAGAGCGAAAGAGGACGUACCCCUCCUUCGCCUCCUCGAGCGUUUCCAAGGAGGGUCGGCCCCCGCCUUUCGCCCUGGGCUCUUCGGGCCGUGGCGAUGCCCGCGCGGCCUUCCAAGCUUCUCCGUUGGGUUUUGCUCGGCAAGAUGCGCAGCCGCGCCUCGGCCCGCGUGAGGAAGAAGAGCGACGAAGACGAGGGGUGGAGAAAGGAGACACUGCCGCGCUGGAUCGGUGGAGUCACGGCAAGUCGCGAGAGUGGUCGCCUGCCGAGAAAGCGCGGCGAGAGAGAGGAAGCGAUUUCCGCCGACCGCACACAGAGCGCGGGAGCCUGGGCCGGGACGACCGCGCGUCGUGUCACCGGAAGGAUCGGCGGCGAGACCACGGGAAAGAGGAGAAGCGGAGUCGGGGGCGCGAGGACAGCGCUGAAGGCCGGGACGCGAGAGAUCACCGAGAGAGAGACAUGCGAGGCGGGGUCUACUGCGACGAUUCUCACCGGCGUCGAGGCGAAGAGAAAGAGCGGCGGAAAGGACGAGACGGGAAGCGAAGACGGAUGUCUGACGCCGAAGGAAAAACAGGAGACGGGUACGCGAGAACAGCUGCGGUGCGCGGGAGUACCACACUGCGGAGUGAAGCGUCUCGCGCGACGAACUUUGGCCGCAUCCCCCACGGCAGUGAGACCCGCCAGAAGGCAAAAGGGGACCACGCGAGAUGA